UACAUUUUUUAAAAGUCUGGGACACAGGAGGUGAUCGCGAGAUGCUGUGAGAUCGCGAGAUUCAGUGAGAGUGACGAAAUCAACAUGGCGGCUUCCAGCUGCUAGACGAGAACUAAACAAAUCGCCGUUGUCUCGACCUAUUUAUAUUAAAAAAAGACAACCUAACUAAAUAGCCUGCUCAAGAUCGGAUACGGUAGUGCUCACAGUGGAGGACCUUGAGAACUUUAUUGACGAAUGCUUCGUCCGGUGCACCAUGGAAGACGCCAACUCCGCCAACCCGAGCAAGAGGAAGAAAGCAGACUCUUCGACAAACACACGAGACUUGGAGGUCACGGAUAUCCAGGUAAGUGUUCUCGAGUCUAUUAAUAAGAAGCUCGAUAUCCUUUAUUUGCUUCACCAGGAGAUAAAGGACCUGAAAGCAAGCCUGGAGUUCACCCACCAGCAGAUAGAGGAUCUGCAGAGGGACAACACCGAACUCCGGUCCACGCUGACAGCGGUCACUUCAGAGGAUCUGCUGUGUCGUCGCCCCAUAUUGCGACAGCGGUGUGUCGCAGUUCGUGAAUGCGGCAGCAGCCAAUCAGCGCCUUCGUCCCCUCCCCUGCUGCUCUGAUUGGCUCCGAAUCCUGCCUUCAUCAGCUGCAGUACUGCUAGAGCAGUUAGAAACGUUCCAGAGUGAACGGCACCAUCAGCAUCCACCAGCAUGACUCUGCAGGCAGAUUUUGAGAAAGCGGCAGAAGAUGUGAAGAAGGUGAAGACGAGGCCGACGGACGAGGAGCUGCUGGAGCUGUACAGCCUUUACAAGCAGGCGACUGUGGGAGACGUUAACACUGAUGGAUCAGCACUGACGGAUCCGAAGGGAAAAGCAAAGUGGCACGCCUGGCAGGGCAGGAAAGUUCGUCCCUUUGCAUCUGAGAAAGAGUUUAAAGCCACUGCAGACAUUGUGAGGAAAUUCCAAGAGGGUGUCGGCAAAGAGCUGCACCAGAAGCUGCUGCAGAGAGCCAAGACAAAGAGGAACUGGCUGGAAGAAUGGUGGUUGGACGCGGCGUAUCUGGAGUCUCGCUUGCCGUCUCAGCUGAAUGUGAACUUUGCCGGCCCGGCGCCCUACCUGGAGCACUGCUGGCCGCCUGCAGAGGGAACUCAACUGCAGAGAGCCAGUGUUAACACAUGGCACACACUGCAGUACUGGAACCUGAUCCGCACGGAGCGGAUGGCUCCCCAGAAAGCUGGAAAAACUGUGCUGGACAUGGACCAGUUCAGAAUGCUCUUCUGCACCUGCAAAGUGCCCGGAGUGAAGAAGGACACCAUCCGUAACUACUUCAAGACAGAGAGCGAGGGUCCGUGCCCCUCCCAUGUGGUAGUGAUGUGUCGGGGACGCCUGUUUACAUUUGAUGCCCUUUGUGAUGGAGAAAUUAUCACUCCUCCAGAAAUUCUCAGGCAGCUGAGGUACGUGAAAGAGCGCUGCGAGGCCGAACCAGAAGGAGACGGAGUAUCUACCCUCACCACAGAGGAGAGGACUCGCUGGGCGAAGGCCAGAGAACAUCUAAUAAACAUCGAUCCACACAACGAGACCAUCCUGGAGACCGUUCAGAGCAGCCUGUUCAUCAUCUCUCUGGACGAGACGAAACCCUACUCGACCCCAGACAACUACACGAACUUAACUGUGGAGGCCCUUACAGGAAACCCCACCAUCCGCUGGGGAGACAAGUCGUACAAUUCGAUCAUGUUCUCAGACGGAACCUGUGGAUCCACUUGUGAUCACGCCCCGUAUGACGCCAUGGUGCUGGUGUCUAUGUGCUGGUAUAUCGACCAGCAACUCAGAGCCACUGAGGGCAAAUGGAAGGGCUCAGAUGCCAUCAGAUCGAUGCCACUUCCAGAGGAGCUGGUGUUUACUGUGGAUGAAACCAUCAGCAGUUGCAUCAACCAGGCCAAGCAGCGAUACCUGGAGUCGACUCGGGACCUCCAGGUUAUCUGUUACGCCUUCACAGCGUUUGGAAAAGCCGCCAUCAAACAGAGGAAGCUGCAUCCAGACACCUUUGUUCAGCUGGCGAUGCAGUUGUCCUACUACAAAAUUCACAAGAAGCCAGGAAGCUGCUACGAGACGGCCAUGACGCGUAAGUUCUUCCACGGCCGGACGGAGACGAUGCGACCCUGCACCCAGGAGGCUGUGGACUGGUGUAAAGCCAUGAUGGACCCCGCCACCGAUACAAAUGUCAAGAGGAAAGCCAUGCUGCAGGCCUUCAAUAAACACAACAAACUGAUGGCUGAAGCCCAAGAAGCUAAAGGUUUUGACCGACAUCUUCUAGGACUUUACCUUAUUGCCAGAGAGGAGGGACGUCCGACUCCAGAACUUUUCAUGGAUCCCAUCUACUCAAGGAGCGGUGGUGGCGGUAACUUCACGUUGUCAUCCAGUCUGGUGGGCUACACUACCGUCCUGGGGGCCGUGGCUCCCAUGGUGCACCACGGCUACGGCUUCUUCUACCGCAUCAGAGACGACAGGAUCGUGAUCUCCAUUUCGGCGUGGAAUUCCUGCCACAAGACGGACGCCGUGACUCUGUUCAACAACUUCUCCAGCUCCAUGCAUGAGAUGCUGCACUUGGCCACCACAUCUCAGCUGUAGCUCCUCACAGAAGGAAGGGAGGCCAGUUUAAUCCUGCAUCUUUUACCUCUCUGUCCCUGUUUGAGCCUUAAUACGCAGUUAGUUCAUUUUUAGUUCAGCACAAAUCAAUGCAAAGGUGCAGAAUUCGCACCACUAGAUGAUCUCCACUGUUAGCACAUGAGAGAAGAAUAAUCUUUGUGUUUCUUGUAGUUUGAAUUGAGAUUUUCUUUUGUAAAUUUUGGUUUUUAGUGUAAAUAUUUCUUGACUUUGGUGAUUCUAGUUUGAAUGCUACUGAAUGCUUUAAUCUUUAAUGACAGUAUUAAUCCACAAAUAAGCUAAAUGUGGACUCAGUCUGAAUCUUCUGAAGGCUUUCGUUGUAGCUCUAAAAAGGCAUUCCACUUAAAACCAGGAAAAAUACCGAUGAAGUUAGAAGUUAAAUUAGGUUGAUUUACCAUGUUGAGGUUUUGGUUCAAGCUUCCUGUUCAACUGAACUUUAGUAAAAUAUGCAACAACAGCACCCAGCUAUUAAAUAUGAACUGAGUCGUGUAGAAAAACAUUCAUCUAAUUGAAAUUGUUGUUUUUUUGUGACUAGAGCCACGAUGAUUAAUCAAUUAGUCUGUGAUCUGUUUGAGUAACUAUUUGGCUAAAAAAAAAAAAGUCUCAAUUCUCUCAUUUUAGCUUCUAAAAUGUCAAUAUUUUCUGGUUUCUUUCCUCCUUUGUGACAAUAAACUAAAUAUCUUUGGGUUGUGAACAAAAUAAGACAUUUGUCAUCACAAUUUUCUGUCAUUUUCUAGACCAAACGACUAUUUGAUUAAUUGAUAGCACUGAAAAUAAUCAUUAGUUGCAGCUUUAACGAUGACAUUUGAAUCUGUGCCUGCAAAUAAAGGUGGUUUUCUCGAAAUUAAAAGGCUAUCAGAGAGCACUGACCUUUCCAAAGGCAUCCUGCAAACUCUAAACAUUCCAGUUUAUGAUCCAUAUUUGCACCAAUAUUGAAAGGUUUCUUCCUUUGCCCCAACUCUCCACCAAAUUUCCUAAAAAUUAAACCAUCUGUCAGACAAACCAAGCAGCAAACAUGAUGGAAACAUAACUUCCUUGGUGGAUGUAAGAACUCCACAAAAAAAGAGCUCUUCCUUUACAACUUAUUCCAAAAAAGUCACAAAACUCAGCAGUUUUGAUGAGAUGUAAUUAUUCUUUCACACGACUAUUCAGCCUCAGUGUUUGGGUUGAUUCAUGCAGAUGGUUGAAAUUGAAUUAAUCCCAAAGAACAAACUGAACUUGUCGCUGAUUUUAACCCUCUGAAGUUGUUUCCGAUCAUAUUUUUCUUUACUGUGAGCUCAUUUUUCACUGCGAUAUAAAGUCCCACACCUCUAUGGAAACUGAAUCCUCUGUGCAGCAUGAAACAGUUAGAAACCACAAAAAAGUAGUGAAAGUUGAAUUAGUGGGGAAAAAAAUUGGAGCUUCUAUAAGUGUAAAUACCUGCGACAAACUUACACACAACUUUGCACAUCAACUGUAGACAGAUGAAUGUGUCUUCCAACAACUUGCUCAGAUUUUUGAGUCGUGCUGCAUAUGUUUUGUUUCUCAUUUAUGUUUUUUUUCCCUCUCAGUCGCUCUAAAUUGCUUCCAAACUUGUCUCCUCUCUGCUCUGUGGAAACACUGCCUGCAGUUCAGCAGAAUCUUAGUCACGGUCACGGCUGAGUCAGUCGUGGUUUAUCAGUUGCACUGAGGAGAGCAUGAAUAUAAUUUUUGAUUAUUUAAAUGAGGAAUAGGAAAAAUAAUUUUGCCGAAAUAUGAUUUUGAGACACAUUAUUAGUUCAAAGAGGGUCAGAAAGUUGAAAAUUUGAUGAUUAUUUUGGUUUUUACAGUUUCUGGCUCUGAUAAUUGGCAAUUUUUUAAAAAGAAAAAAAUUUAAAUAUGGCAUGACUUUCACAGUUUAUAGGGUUAAAAAUCUAAAUGUAAUGGAUUGCUCUACCUGUGCUUGCUAGUUUUAGCGUAAUCCUGCCGACAGAUAAACAAACACUGAGUUACAUUAACAAUAACAUUCAUUACAUGGCAGAAUUUGGCUCGUUUACCAUCUUUCGUUGCUUAUUGCUGCUAUUCAGAUUACAGUGAGCAUCUUUCUGUUAUCUUAUUACAUAAAGUGAACGAAACGGGCUCAUCUAGACCCAUGAAACAAAGUCAGCGAGCUCCACUCCUUUACAGUUUUUUGUCUUCCAGUAUGUUCUCCAUUUUUCCUCCAGCAACUGUUGGUUUGCCGUUUGUUGCAUCGUUCUUUAAACCAAAACCUUGAUCGCUGCACCUUAUCGAUGCAGUUUUCCUUUAUUUUCUGUCCAGUUAGAGACGACUGAAUGUUCACUUGGCCUUAUGAAUAAGAGCUACUGUAAAAUAUCACUUUGAUUAUUUCCCCAGAUGUGUUCUCUGUUUCUGAAGCCUUACACUUAUGUGACUGUAAGCUUUUCUAAAUGAUUGUACUACUUUCAGCUCACAAAUAAAGUUGAGUUUUGUCCAGUUAAAUGAAUAAACUGAGGAGACAGUUUCA